GCUCCUCCAUCCUCCUCCUCUGACCUCAGCCUGCUCCCCCGACACUCGCCGUUGCAGCCCGCCCUCUCCCGCCCCGCCGCGGCAGCGUCAAUUAUCCCGCCCGUCGUCGUCGUCGUCUUCUUCUCCUUCUUUCUGUCUCGAAGACACUCACGCACCGGCCUGCGCCUCUAGCCAGGCCAGCUGAACCACCACCUACCACAACCACAACCACCACCAGUAACAACCACCCCCAAACACCGCCAAGAUGUUCAUGGCAAGAUCCGAAUACGACCGAGGCAUCAACACCUUCUCCCCCGAAGGCCGCCUCUUCCAGGUCGAGUACUCCCUCGAGGCCAUCAAGCUCGGCUCCACGGCCAUCGGCGUCGCCACCUCGGACGGCGUCGUCCUCGGCGUCGAGAAGCGCGUCACCUCGACCCUCCUCGAGACGUCGUCGGUCGAGAAGAUUGUCGAGAUCGACCGCCACAUCGGCUGCGCCAUGUCCGGGCUCCAGGCCGAUGCCCGCUCCAUGGUCGAGCACGCCCGCGUCGAGUGCCAGAGCCACGCCUUCAACUACAACGAGCCCCUCGGCGUCGAGAGCUGCACCCAGGCCAUCUGCGACCUCGCCCUGCGCUUCGGCGAGGGCGCCGAGGGCGAGGAGACCAUCAUGAGCCGUCCCUUUGGCGUCGCCCUCCUCAUCGCUGGCUUCGACGAGGACGGCCCUCAGCUCUUUCAUGCCGAGCCGAGCGGCACCUUCUACCGCUACGACGCCAAGGCCAUCGGAUCCGGCUCUGAGGGGGCCCAGGCCGAACUUCAGAACGAAUACCACAAGUCUCUAAGCAUCACCGAUGCCGAAACGCUGGUUCUCAAGACGCUGAAGCAGGUCAUGGAGGAGAAGCUCGACUCCAAGAACGUACAACUGGCUAGCGUCACCAAAGAAAAGGGCUUCAGGAUAUACACAGACGAGGAGAUGGCUGCUGUCGUGGAGCGGCUGCCGGCCAAUUGAGCGCGUGCGACAUGCCGCGCGCCUGUAGAGGAAUAGACUUGUAACUACACGCGCCUAGCGCACAAAGGGCUUCCUGCUUCGGGCUGUCGCAUCGAGCGCGCCCGUUAAGGGCAACGUCCGGAAUGUAUGAUUAUGAGAAGCUUCACACUGAUGCCGACGACGAUUAUAGCG